CAUUUAUAUUGAUAGACGUAUUGACAAUAAAAUAUUCACACACCACCUGGACAUUAGUGAUCGAAAGACAUUUCCUGCCAAAUGGCAGUAAUAAUCACAAAUAAAUGUCUUCUUAAUGUGCCCUACCGGUCGCCAGGAUGUCGCGAACUCUUAAUAGCCAAUGACACUAGCGCAAGCAAUGGUAUUCACUUCAUACUGUAGAUCAAAUUCGUUAGUAGCUGAACAUCCAUUCUAGCGACAAGACGUUUAUAUUUCAGUGAUUUUAAAGAGUGUGUUUUUAUUUUCAAAAAAUAAUUUUAAUCAUGGCUGGUUCUAUCGCCAACAACGCUGCGCUGUACAAAAAGAAGACGUUCACUUAUGUGCCUCCAGCACCGCCCGCGGAUCUCAUCGACUGCAGUAAUUUUAUACUUGACUUCACCGGCCGUAAGUUUUUGAAUGUAGGACUUGAUCCUGCAGAUGAAUUAAACACCAUAGUACAAGUCAUCACUCCUUCGAGAUAUGUAAAUAUGCCACCUGAUUUUAUAAGACGUAUAUUCUCACUUAUGGGGAACAUUCUAUCUUUUAUACUCGACCUACCUCAAAAAUACAAGCGAAAUUUAUUUCUGGAAACAGAAAUUAUUUCACUAUCUAGUAUGCUGUAUAAAGGGGAAAAUAUGCUUGUCAUCGAAUCAAAAACACAAGAUGGAUGUCGAGUAUUGCUAAAUCGUACAGAUUUAAUGAAAUUGCAAUAUUUAGAAUGGUGUAUAUUUGAAACAGUCGUUCGAAAGUCAACCAUCAUACGGCCAGUUGUCAUAAAACAAUUCGAUAUGUUUUUGAACUAUAUUGAUAUUGAAUCCGCCAAAGUUGAUUCACCACCAAAAACACCUGAAGAAAUGGUCACAUUUAUCAAACAUAUAAGCGACGAAAGAGUAAUUUCAAAAAUUCCAAAAAAUGAUGUCAAUUUCAUCAGUCAACUCAAAAUGCAUGCUUCUUCACAAUUAGCUGAACGUUGAGCGGAAAAAUGUCUCCAGAGGUAAGUCUUUAAAACUUAUUCACUCGUAAAAAUACAAUACAUAUUUUAUUAUUUUAUAAUUAUUCACUGACUCCGAAUGUGAGGUUCAUUUCGCCGCCUCAAUACUCAAGUAUAUCCCCAAUGCUAUCUAUUGAAGAAGAUGACUAUUCAGUGUCACGAGCAGCUGACGAGGAUCGUAAUAUCGAAGAAUUUUUAACACAGGCGACAUGGGCACCAACCAAGUCAUUGGUAAUACUCACAUUUAAUUUUUUAAAUAAAUAUAUAUUGACAAAUUAUUAUUUGUAUAGAAUAUUGAUGUUUCUACCAAUCCACCAACGAGAUUCUUAGACACUCUUCCCCCAUAUUUUGAUCCAGAGAAUUUUGCUCAGUCCCCUCCGUGGUAUACAGCGCCUGAAACGAGCAUUGCAGUGGACGAAAACGACGGUCCAACGUCUUUUAACCACUCGCCAUCGAUUCUCGACUUCACAGACGGCAAGCCCAAGAAAAAACGGAACGCGAAAUGCAAACUGUUUGAAUGAUGUUGUUUAAAUAAAUUUUGUGUAAAAUAAAAAAAA